AUGUCAACCAAGAGGAAUACGUUCCACGCCAGUGAGGAGCAUGCCGAUGCAGUCGCUCUCGAGAGUCACUCAAGUCUCGAGAAUGCACCGACACUCACACGCUGGCAACAGUUGAGGCCAAGUCUAGCUGCUGGCGCCGGGCUUUUUUCGGAUGGAUAUUUACAAAGUGUAAUCGGUCCAGUGAACACCUGUCUUAAGACCAUCUACGGAGACGAAUACAGCAAAAGUAGCGCCCAGCAAAAUGUCACUUCCCUCGCGUUCGCUGGAACAGUUGUCGGUCAAUUAUUCUUCGGAUACACAUCCGACCAUUUCAGCAGAAAGUGGUCACUGGUUGUCUCCACUGUGAUUCUCUUCGUCUUUGCUGCGCUCGGAGCUGGAUCUUAUGGCGCAGGAGGUUCCAUCGGAGGCCUAUUCGCAGCUCUAACAGCGUACAGAUUCCUCCUUGGAAUAGGUAUAGGCGGUGAAUAUCCUGCCGGAAGCGUGACCUGUGCAGAGUCCAGUGGCGAGCUGAAAGAAGGCUCCCGCAAUCGCUGGUUCUGCCUUUUCACCAAUGUUCAGAUUGACUUCGGGUUCGUUUUGGGUACUUUAGUUCCUAUGAUAAUCACCAGGAUCGCCCCAAACAAUCUCACUCUUGUCUGGCGCCUGUCUCUGGCUUUGGGAGUAGUCCCUCCCUUGUCGCUGCUCUAUCUUCGGAUCAAGCUGAAGGAGCCCGAAUCCUUCUCGAAGCAGUCUUUCAAAAAGACAAAGAUGCCAUAUUGGCUCGCCCUCWAGUUCUAUGGUCCGAGAUUAAUCCUAGUCUCAGGAAUAUGGUUCAUCUACGACUUCUUGACUUACCCAUUCUCAAUCUAUUCUUCGGCCUGGAUUGAUGUGAUUCAGCCAGAUCGUGUCCUUUGGCAGACCUUGGGCUGGUCGGUCCUCGUGAACUCUUUCUACUUGCCCGGUGCCAUAUUCGGCUCCUUCACCUCAGACUGGAUGGGCCCGCGCAAGGCCCUGGGUACUUUUGUGAUUGCACAGGGUGUCCUGGGAUUCAUUAUGAGUGGAUGCUACGAGUAUCUCAGACGUCCCGACAAUAUUGCUGCCUUCGUCGUGGUAUAUGGAGUCUUCCUCAUGCUCGGUGAGAUGGGCCCUGGUGACAACAUCGGUCUCGUCGCCUCGAAGACGUGCGCCACCGGUAUCAGAGCGCAAUACUAUGCGAUUGCAGCUGCUAUGGGGAAGAUAGGUGCCUUCAUCGGGAACUACAUCUUCCCAUAUAUUCAGGGGGCCGGUGGCAACGACGUGAUCAAGCAAGGCCAAUAUCCUUUCUACGUCGCUUCGAGCCUCUGCUUUCUGAGCGCAUUCCUUGUGUGGUUGUUGCCUGAGAUCACUCAAAACACCAUCGCAGAAGAAGACAUCAAAUUUAGAGAGUACCUUGAACUUCACGGCUUCGACACAAGUGCUAUGGGAGAAGGAAAGUGGCAAGAAGAACCGCAGAGCGAGAGGUAUGAAGAGGCAAAGGCACAAAGCUCCUGA